UGAGCUCUGCCUGCAAGAGAGGAGACCAGGGCGUCUAUAAAAACCUCCUUGCUGAACAUUGUUGCCCCAUCGCUGACUGUGUGUAUGCGUGUGUAUGUGUGUGUGCGUAUGUGUGUGUGCACGGGUCUGACAGGCUGCCUCUCCCAACUACACUACACCACGAUCCGAGUUACAGAAGAGGCUUUCGACUCAAGCCUCCAUCCGCCAUUUUCAGCAGAUUGAAAGCAGGUAGAGCACAAAAAUCACAAGUCCCCGGUCAGAUAAAGCAGUAGAUGUGAUAACACGUAAUGAAGACUUGAUGCCCGCUGUCUUGUGGAAACCUACCUGAGCAGAUGAUGGCCAUUACUGGAGGGACGGUGGAGACUCUAGAAGAAAUUCCAGCUCAUGUGUGGAAAGGUUUGCCCGACUCUUUGAGUCUUCGACCUUCUGCUAUAAAUCAAAGCCGUAUUGGUGUUUGGGCCACUCAGCUCAUUCCUAAAGGCAAAAGAUUUGGUCCAUUUGUUGGAGAGAAGAAAAAAAGGUCCCAGGUGACGAGUAAUGUUUACAUGUGGGAGGUUUAUUUCCCAGCACGGGGCUGGAUGUGUGUUGACGCCACAGACCCUGUGAAGGGGAACUGGCUGCGAUAUGUGAACUGGGCACGCUCCAGUGAAGAGCAGAAUCUUUUCCCCCUAGAGAUUAACAGAGCCAUUUACUACAAAGUGUUAAAACCUAUCGGGCCUGGAGAGGAGCUGCUGGUGUGGUACACUGUGGAAGACAACCCUGAGAUAACAGCUGCACUGGAGGAAGAAAGAGCCAGCAGUCUGAACAGGAAAAAUUCACCCAGGGCGAAACGAGCCAGAAGGAAGCUGCUGGAGAAAGCCAGACAGGCUGGUUUGGGUGGAUUCAAGAAGACUAGUGUAAGCAUACUUACUGUCAAGGAGAUGUGGGAUGGGGAGGAAGGUCUGAGGGAGGAGGAUGAGAGGCCAUUAGCCUCACAGGAACUCCAGGAAGCCCGUCCCAUGGGAAGCACUGACCAUAGAGAAGACAUGUCAGCAGUCAUGACAGGCAGGGGAAAUGGGGAAGAGGAGGAGGAAGACGAAGAAGAGGAGGAAGAGGAUGAUUUGGAGGAACCGAGUGAAGUACAGCAGCAAACUGCUCAGUGUUCAGCUGCGACUGUUCCCAGUCAAAAAAGUAAGCAGCCCGGCCUGUCGCUGACCUGCGGGGAAGAAAGCCAUAAAGAUUCACAGGUAAAGUCGGAGUCUUCCUCUCUUGAAGGGCAAGAACCAGAGGUUGAUCCUGAUCUUGACCUUGACCCCGACCCCGAUGGUGACCUUGAGGUUGAUCCCCACGGAGAGUCCUAUCCCUGUCAGCACUGUGAGCGCCACUUCUCCACUAGGCAGGGUCUGGAACGUCACAAUCACAUUCAUGCCAUCACUAACCAGCAAACUCAACUGUUCAAGUGCCGGUACUGCAGUAAAUCCUUCGGCUCACAGGUGGGGCGGCGGCGGCACGAGAGGAGGCACGAGAGCGGGCCUAAGAAAAGGCCUGGCUCUCUGGCCGGUACUGCCAGUCUACUCAGUCCUGUGGUGCAGACUGACGCCUCAAGUCCCGACUGCACCAGCCCAAGUAGUCACUAUAUAGCCAUUGGCUCCCAGUUUACAGGAGGAUCUCUGCACAACUCUGAGGUGCAGAGAAAGGAGUUGGGGCCUCAUGCUGACCGUCCCUAUAUACUAGAUGAAAAUGGGGAGUCUAAGGAACUCCACCCCUGCAAGUACUGUAAUAAAGCAUUUGGCACACACACCAACAUGCGCAGACACCAACGCAGAAUACACGAGCGGCACUUGUUACCAAAGGGAGUCCGCAGGAAAGGCAUGCUGCUGCAAGAGGCAUCAGUGAAGCAACAGCAGCAGCCCGAUGAGUCGCCCAGCACCAGCCCUCCGACCGUCUACGUGCCCAGCGCGGACACGGAAGAUGAGGCGGACAGGGACGAUUACACCGUCGAUAUAUCCAAAAACAUUUCAGAGAAUUUGAGCUUCUACAUUGACGGAAAGAUUGUGUCCACCAGUUCGGUGAGCACCUGUGAGGUAAUAGAGGUGGACUCCAGAUCUGCAGCUCUGUUCGGUCUGGACACAGUGAUCAUCAGCCCAAAUCAGAUCAGUCAGGCACUGAAGGUGGAGGCGAGAACAAGUGCUGCAAAGCAAGCCUCUACCAUCGGCCAGCCAGCAGGAAAAAGAAGAACGUCUACGCCUCCACUUGUUCCCAGCCUUAAAGUGGAGACCGAAACAGCAUCUUCAUCGUCUUCAUCCUCCUCUACAUCUUCCUCGUCCAACUUGUUAGUUGGAGGGCUGUUCCAACAAGCUGCAGAUUCAUCAGCAUUUCAACGAGAGAAAACCGUUUAUCUUUCACCUAAGCUCAAACAGCUCCUUCAGACACAAGACAUUCAGAAAUCAGCCAUUACCCUGAUAACAGAAAGCCAUAGACUGGCCUCGCCGCUGUCAGUCACACCGCUGCCAGGAGCAUCGGGCAGGUUUAAAAGAAGAACAGCCUCUCCUCCGUCUUCUCCCCAGCUCAGCCCUGCAUGUAAAACAGAGAGCUGUAAAGCUGAGGUGGUGAGCUCAUACGCCCUUAAGGUGCCAAAGCUGGAAAACCGCAGCGUGUCACCUCUUGGGAGCCUACAUGACAAGGAAGAUUCAGACAGCCAGAGCCUUUCUGGAAAUAAUACGCAUGGCCAAACGUCUUCCAAUAGCGGCGGAAACUCCUGUAAUCAGCAGCCCUUGGAUCUGUCAAACUCUGUCAGUAGGAAGUGUGACAGCUUGAACAAGGUGCACGGGGAUUCAGCUCUUGAUUUAAGCUUGCAUCGGAAGAGCAGUAUUGAGCCUGAGUUAAAGGGAAGUCCAGCACCACAGCCACUGACAAAAAAGAAAAAGCCUAACACUAGCAUGCUUGAAAAGGUGCUAAUGAAUGAGUAUGUAGGUCUAGGAGAAGAGGGCCCUGCGGUGUUGGCAAACUUAAGUUGUUUUCAUUCUCGCUCUCCAAACGUUGCAUCAGAGUCGGCCCACCCCUCUCCGCCUUCUUUGACCCCUGUCACCAUGAACCCUUCUUCCCCCAGUGCCUCUAGUGUGACAUCCCCCACACCGCCUCCGCCUGUACUACCUACCAUCCCUUCUCCGCCAACUAUGCCUAGCUCUCCUCUUUCUCAGCCUUCAGACUCUGCUGCACUGAGACCUCUUCCUGUCCUCUCGCCAAAAAUGUCUCCAAGAUCAAUGGAACACAAGUCACUGUCAGACUCCGAGGAGAUUUUGUCAGCUGAAGAAAAUGGAGAGGAGGAAGAGAGCCAUAACCCUGAGCCACUGGACUCCCCGAAGACUUCCCUUGAAGAUCCCCUUAAUUUUUCAGUGACAUCAAGCCCCCCUGAGUCGGUGUCGGUAGAUCUGCCCACUGCAGGAGAUGUUUCUCUGACUGCAACUUGCAGCAGUCUGCUAAAUGGCAAAAUGAACCAAAAUCUUGAGUCUGUAACAAAGAAAUCUCCUGCUGCUCUUUCCUCGCAGCCAGAAUCCUCAUCUUCCUCAUCAUCUCCUCCUCCUACAUCACACGAUCCACCUCCAUCAGUGGUUUCCCACCCUCAGAUUAAGAUAAAGGAAGAGCCUCAGCACUGCGUAGACGAGUUGUCAGUCAUGAAUCAUGCACCUCAGGAUAGUGUUGAGUCUACACCUCACCCGUCUGCCCCCGAUAAACCGUCUGAUAAAACCUCUGAGGCCGAGGACAUGGACUCGUCAUACUGCAAGACCUUUGUGUGUAACGUCUGCGAGGAUCCGUUCAACUCCAUCAAAGAGCUCAGUGGACAUAUCACAGAGCAUGCUGCUGACUGGCCCUUCAAGUGUGAAUUCUGUGUGCAGCUGUUUGGUGACGCCCCGGCCCUGCUGACUCACCGGACAACACUACAUGGAGUCGGCAGGAUCUUUGUGUGCUCCGUUUGUUCCAAGGAGUUUGCGUUUCUCUGUAACCUCCAGCAGCACCAAAAGGAUCUGCAUCCAAACGAGACGUGUUCGCACACGACCGUAGAAAGCGGCAAGCUUAGGCCGCAAAACUACACAGAUCCAUCCAGAGCCAAAGAGGAGAGCAGUCCCUCAUCACCAGCACCAGAGAUGACUGAUGAAGCUGCUCCACACAAUGACUCUGAUUUAGCAAAAGAAGAGCCUGAUCUUAAUGGUAAUCAUGCAGAGGAGGGGGCAGAGGACCCCAAUGAGGAGCUGUACACUACAAUAAAGAUCAUGGCCUCAGAAGGAGCGAAGCCUAAAGGCCCAGAUGUGCGUCUUGGCAUUAAUCAACACUACCCCAGUUAUAAACCACCCCCUUUUCCUUAUCAUAGCCGUUCCCAUGCUGCAUCUGUGGCCUCCGCUACCAACUUUACCACCCACAACAUACCACAAACGUUCAGCACUGCCAUUCGCUGCACCAAGUGUGGCAACAGUUUUGACAACAUGCCCGAACUGCACCAGCACAUCUUGGCCUGUGCCAACGCUAGCGAUAAGAAGCGAUACACUCCCAAGAAAAACCCCAUCCCCCUCAAGCAAAUAGUGAAGAGUCCGAACGGUGUGGUGUCACCCUCAGCAGCCACUGCAGGCCAGAGUGCUUUCCGUAGAAUGGGUCAGCCAAAGAGACUUAACUUUAAUCAAGAUACUGGUAAAACAAAAAUGAGCGCCCUGAGUAAGAAGAAAAACCAGCUGGUCCAGAAGGCGAUUUCACAGAAGAAUAAAGCUGCCACUUUUGCAAAGAAGGGUACCGUUAAAGUAGAAGAAGAGCUGCCCUCAAACGUUUGCCCCCACUGCAGUCGGGAGUUUACUUAUCCUGCAAGUCUCAGUAAACACAUGGUGUUCAGCUGUCCCAUGAAGCCUGUUGUUAAAAAGGGCAGAAAAGGUCUUGCAGAGGUGAAAAAAGAGGAUAGAAACACAAAUCUUAGGAAGAAGGCUUUAGACUAUGACAUACAGCAGAGAGAGACAGAGCAAAAACCUCUGGGAAAGACCAGAGCUCGUAGCUCUGGUGCAUCAGACCCUGAACCCUCCCAGCCAAGCAAAGGAAAAACGGCUGCUACACUGGGCCGACUAAAGAGGCCCGCCUCGUUCCCAGCACCAGUUUCUGUUAGCAAAAAAACUAAGAAGGGCCAUGUUCAGUCUCUACCUCCCACCCCGUCAGCCCUGGACACUCCCAGUGACACUGCACAACAACGGCCUGCCAUCAGAAUGCAGCGUAUGGGCAAGGAGGCAGCACCCAAGAGAUUAGCAGAGGCCAAAUCACCGCCAUCACAACAGCUGAAGAAAGAGGAGCGCUUCUCCCUUCGAACGAGGGACAGAGUAGGUGGUCCAGUCACCAGGAGCUUACAAAUGGCCAACGCCGCUCCUUCUGCUGAGGUGAAAACUGAGGAUCCACCAAUUCAAGAGCCAAAAGAGACUCAGGAGGUGCUGAUGAAGUGAGCCACGUGGACAUUGUUGAGCUCUUCAGUCCUGAGAAUACGGUGCUCACCUCUCAGGCAAUGCUCUGGACUAAUCAAGGCACUGACAGCACUGAGGUUAAUCUUUUGUGGUGGGCUCGUUCACUCAAAACAAGUGAAGUCUGCUUAUCUCGACUGCCUUUUGCUGGAUUUGAGGAGGGAACUCUCUUUUAUCUUCCAUCAAUGUAAUAAACUGAACUGAGCCUCGAUUUUAGCCAGCCUUGCAAAAAAAAGAAGAAAAAAGAAUCUGUAAAUGACAAUGAGUUAAUAUAUACAAAAACGAGUCAUUACUUGACCCAAAACAGUAACAUUAGGGCUCCAAUAUGUUGGGAAGCUGAUAUAUUGCAAAUGGCAAUCACGUAUCAGUUAGGGUUAGGGAAACUUGUUUAUUCUUUCGUUCCAUAUUUUCCCCAUUUGGUUGUUUAGAUUUUUGGAUGUUUCCAGAGUCUCUUAAUGCAUGUGCUGAAUAGAGUAUAAACUAGAUUAAGCCAAUUUCCAUGUCUCUCCCAAUGGGCACCUACUUUAGUUUAUACAUGAUUUGCAAAGUAUGUAUGUUUGAUUUAAAUUUCUGUAGUCAUUAUAUUGUAGAAUAUAUCUUAUUGGCAUAUUUUUGUUUGGGUAACAAAAAUGAAAAUGGCAGUUGUUUACUGCAACAAUUGGUCCUCAGGAACACUGUAUAUGUAUGUGGUAAGUAUGCGUAUGGUUAUGAUUGGAUGUGAGGCCUGACAGCUAUUCCUUUGGUCUAAAUCUCAAGUAUGUCUCAUGUUUUUACUUGCUUUCUCAGACUCUUUUUUUUUUUUUCAUUUAUCUGAUGAUUAGCAGGUAAUUCCAGCUGUUAAAUGAUGGCAAUUAUGUUGUAGUCUCCUUUUUAAAAUGAUGUCCGUCAUGACAAAUGAUUUUUAAUAUCACUCAUUCAGCCCAGUGUUCCCACAGCACUUUAAAACAAACUGCCAAAAUUUCUAGCUUGAUCAUUGAGAUUGGUUUAAUUAAAUGGUGAAUAAUGGAAUGUAUUCUGGUCUGUUGCACUUUGCAGACACUGGUAAAUUUGUUCAAAUCAUUCAGACAGAUGCAGACUUUCUGCUUACAAAUCUCUAAAUUGCUUGUCUCCGUUAAGUAUUUUGAUGUUUAAAUGACACAUGAACCAACUUUUAUAUGCUAACUGCAUGAUAAUGACUCAAAUCCUCAAACGAAUGAAGCCGCAGCGUUUUGUAUUUUUUUUUGUUGUUGUUUUUGUCCGUUAUAAGUGGACGUAUGAAAAGUUGUUUCAUGUGUCGUUUUAUUUCAUGAGUCAUGCCACACUAAUGUAACUGAAACGCUUCUUCAUUUUUAGUUUAAAGUUCCCCAUUUUUCACUCUACCCAGUUGUAUGACGGAGAUAGCAGCCAGUGCUUAAACGCUUGUAGCAUGUUACAGGAAAGUAAAUUGAACAAUAUGAUUUGAAGCUAAUUUAUAUUUCCACGAGAAAUCUUCAUGUUUUGCCUUUCAGCAUCAAGAUUAUGUAUUUAAGGAUGAACAAAGACAAAAAAAUCCCAAAUGACCUCAAGUAAAACAUUGCUGUAAUUGACAUAAUAAAAAAAAAGUUUUUCAAUUUG